AUGGAAGAAGCGAAUGAGGACGCAUGUAUUGCUGAACUAUUUGGAUUCAAAGGGAAGAAGAUAAAUAAGAAGACGAAGAAAACGGCCGAGACAGUUGGCGUGGAAGCAGCUGAGGAUUCUGCGAUAGUCGUUGCCGCAAACGAUGGUGGUGAUGCUCGUACAAGUACCGGUGUUAGGAUUUCUCUGUUCGAUUUCUCGGUUGAGAAUUUUUUCAGAGACAUGGACACCAUUGCCAAACUCUGCGGGGAAGAACAACACUACGCUGCAUUUGAGCAAAGCGAGAUCCAGAGAAUAUCUUCCUCCGUUACUUUCUUAAGAGAAUGGAGAGAUUUUAAAUAUCCAUCAAGAAGCAUUAUGUUUGCUUACGGACUUGGGAGCCCUGAGAGCUCUGAGGGAAAGGAUGACAGUGCCAUAAAUUUACCUCAGUUUUCGUCUGCCACUGUUCCUAAGCAUAAUAUGCGAUGGGAGGAUCAACUUGGGGAUGCCAAUUCUCGGGAAUCCAGAGAUUUUGUGAUGAAUGCUGGAGGCCCUGUAUGGGCAUUAGAUUGGUGUCCUCGGAUACAUGAAAAGCCUGAUUGUUCAUUUGAAUGUGAGUUUAUUGCUGUUGCUGCUCAUCCACCUGGCUCUUCUUAUCACAAGAUGGGUGCCUCACUUACUGGCAGAGGUGUCAUCCAAAUAUGGUGUCUUCUAAAUAUCAGGGGACCCAACGAAGAGGUAUCUUCUCUCACAGAGAAGAGAAAAGAAAGACCUAAGAAAGAUAGAGGCGCAAAUGACAAAUCGACACAAAUAAAGAGGCCUAGAGGAAGACCAAGAAAGAAUCUAACAUUAGUAGCAGUGGAUGAUACGAACUGUGAGACCCAGUACAUGCCAGCUCUUGCUGUUCAGUUUGCAGAAAAUUGUACUGAGUUUACUGCUCCAGAUGGGAAUCUUGAAAAGAAUGAAGAAAUAUUUCCUGCUACAAACAAGAGAAAAGGAAGACCUAAAAAAAAUGGAGCCAUGAAUGAAAAAUCAUCACUGAUAAAGAGACCUAGAGGAAGACCUAAAAAGAAUUCAAAUGAAGUAACAGCUGGUGAUCCAGUGUGUGAGACCCAAUCUGUGCAAGCUCUUGUUCAAGUUCCAGAAGAUUCAGCUGAAUUUAUUUGUCCAGAUGUGGCUCAUGGUAAUUUCAAUGGGAAGAGACCUAGACGAAGACCUAAAAAGAAUUCAGAUGAACUAACAUCGGCUGAUCCAAAAUAUGAGAACCAAUCUGUGCAAGCUCUUGUAGUUCAAGUUCCAGAAGAUUCAGCUGAAUUUCUUUCUCCAGAUAGGACUCCUGGCAAUUGCAGUGAAUAUGCUUUGCAACAAUAUUCAGUUACAAAGGGAAAGCAUGCCAAAAAAGCUGCUUCUGCAUGCAAUACUAUUCCAAAAAGUCUUGUUAAAAGGAGUAGGUUGAAAAUUAAUAGUAUGGAGGGGAAAUAUAACCAAGAUAUUAGUCAGCCAUUAUUGAUACAGGGUGAGAAUGAGGCACAAAAUCAUAAGCAUUGUAACUCAGAAUUGGGUCCUCAGGCAGCUGCUUGUUCUAUUCCAGGAGAUGUAACUUUGCCAAGAGUUGUGUCAUGCCUAGCUCAUAACGGAAAGGUGGCAUGGGAUGUGAAAUGGCGACCUACUAACAUUUCUGAUUCCUUAUGUAAGCACCGAAUGGGCUAUCUUGCUGUCUUGUUGGGCAAUGGAUCUCUAGAAGUGUGGGAGGUUCCUCUUCCUCAUGUAUUGAGAGCAAUUUAUAUGCAUAAAGAAGGCACUGAUCCACGCUUUAUAAAAUUGGAGCCCGUAUUUAAAUGCUCAAGGUUGAAGCGUGGUGGCUUCCAAAGCAUUCCACUAACAGUGGAGUGGUCAGUUACGCCCUCUCAUGACUAUCUACUUGCUGGCUGCCAUGAUGGAACGGUUGCUUUGUGGAAAUUCUCUGCAAAUGCUUCUUCAAAAUGUGAUGAUACAAAGCCUGUGCUUUGUUUCGGUGGGGAUACGGUUCCUAUUAGAACAGUUGCCUGGGCUCCAUUUGAAGGUGAUCCAGAGAGUUCUAAUAUAAUUGUAACCGCUGGACAUGAAGGCCUUAAGUUUUGGGACCUACGUAAUCCAUUUCGUCAUUUGAGGAGCCUCCAUCCUGCGCCAAGAAUCAUAUACUGUCUGGAUUGGCUGUCAAAUCCAAGUUGCAUCAUUAUGUCCUUUGAGGAUGGAACAGUGAGAACCAUUAAUUUGGCGAAGACUGUUAAUGAUCUCCCUGUAAGUGGGACUACAUACAAUGGGAAAAAGCAACCUGGGAUGCACAGUUCUUCGUAUUCAUCUUCUGCCAUUUGGAGUGUUCAGGUGUCACGUAUAACAGGCAUGGUUGCAUAUUGCUGUGCCGAUGGAACUGCCUUCCGUUUUCAGCUUACUACUAAAGGAUUGGAUACAGAUGGUUCACGCAAUCGAGUCCCAUUUUUUCUUUGUGGGUCGUUAACUGAGGAGGAAUCAACUCUCGUUAUCAAUACUCCAGUAUCAAACUCUCCUUUCCCGCUGAGGAAGUCAUAUGAAAGGAGCAGGCAUGCUGAAUCUUUCCGAGAAUUAUUAUCCAAGUCAAAAAUUAGCAAAAGUGCAAAUAAUAAUAAAAUGGCAAAAGCUUCUGAUUCUAAGACUUUAGCCCUCUGUGAUGGUAACAAUUUGGGUUUGGAAUCUGGAUCUGAGGAAGCAUUGUCUUCUGUGGGGCCGCCAAAAAGACCAAAAUUGAGUGGUACCAGCAAGAAAAAACCAGCAGAAAGCACAGCUCUUGUUUGCGGAGAUGAUGUGUCAACAAGUACUCCAGCGGUUGAUAAUGAAAAGUCAGAUGUUGAGAGUAUACCUGAAGCUUUUCCUCCCAAAAUUGUUGCAUUCCAUAGAGUGAGAUGGAACAUGAACAAGGGUAGUGAGAGAUGGUUGUGCUUUGGAGGAGCCAGUGGACUUUUACGUUGUCAGGAGAUUGUUUUCUCUGAUAUUGAUAAAAAAUGGGCCUUGAAGAGAUGACAGCAUUUCAUCCACUUAAUUUUGGUGUGGUACAUUGCCUUAAAUGUAAAUAUCAGCUGUAAAUUUGAAUCAAUCACGCUAAGAAGUUCGAGUCAAUAUGUAACAUUUUGUUUACAUUAUAUUCAUUAUGAAAUGCAGGUGGAGGACUUUGUCCACCCCUAUGUAAAUUUAAACUGGGUGAAGUCUU